AUGAUCGCGACGGCGGCGCUGCCCGCGGCGGCCCGCUCGGUGGCGGCGCUCGUGGCGGGAGGAGGCGGCGGCCCCGCGGCGGACGAGCUGCGCCGGCUCGCUCGGAGUCUCGACGCCGCGGGGCCGCUCGCGGCGGGGGCCGAGGCGAGGGAGGCCCGCGACGCCGGCGCCAGGGCGUGGCUGCGGGCUCUGCUGGACAUUCUCCACUGGCUUCUGAUACCACCAAAUCUCUAUGGGAUGCGAUACAAGGCUUUAAGAACUAGUAUCAACAGUCUGAAUGUGAAAAUGGAUGGUAUUUUGCAGAAGGGUUCUGAACUAGGUCUUGUACCAAUCAACCAGGAGAGCCUGAAUGAAAGGUUUGAAGUUUCCUUGGAAGUGUUAACUGAUGAUUAUACUGUGGGUAGCAUUGAAAAUGAAGCAAACAAAUUGAUUGACGUAUUGACAGACAGGAAAAGUGGAAAGACUCUUGUCGCCAUUGUUGGGGGUAGUGGAACAGGCAAGACUACAUUGGCAUGGAAGAUACAUAGUGAUCACCGCACAAGAAAUGCUUUUGGUAUGAUUGUAUGGGUUAGUCUUUUCUAUGGCUUUGAUGAUAUUGGAUUGUUGUCCGCAAUUGUAACGGCUGCUGGCGGAAAUCCUAAAGAAGCAAAAAAUAGGAUGCAGCUUGAGUUAAUGCUGGCUUCCAUGCUUGAAGGGAAGAGAUUCUUACUGGUGCUUGAUAAUGUGUGGAGUCAUCAAAUUGAAGAAAAUUCCCUAGAAGCUCAUUGGCAUGUUUAUGGCCAUGGAAGUAGAAUUUUGAUCACCACUCGAGAUGAGAAUGUUGCAACGAAACUAAAUGCUUCUUACAUCCACCAGGUAAAGGAAUUGACUUUUGAGAAUUGUUGGUCCUUGCUUUGCUGUAAUGCGUGCCUCAAUGAAAACCUUCAUGCAAACACUUUAAGGAAUAUGGGAAUAAUGAUUAUCCAAAAGUGUAAUAAGAUUCCAAUGGCUGUUAAGAUUAUCGGAGCUAUUCUAAGAAGAAAGGAGCAAACCCAAGAGGCCUGGCUGAGAGUUUAUGAGUCUGAAGGAUGGUCUUUCAAUGACCUUCCAGGUGAUGUUCAUGGCUUAACCGGGGCCAUAUAUUUAGGCUACCAUGAUUUGCCAUCACAUUUGAAACAAUGUCUCCUUUAUUUAUCACUCUUUCCUGAAGGUUCUACCAUUAGGCAGCAGUUUGUUAGUCAACUGUGGAUUUCAGAGGGUCUGAUUGAUCAACGAGAUAACUGCAGUUCUGAAAAGAUCGCAGAGGAAUAUUAUGAAGAGUUGAUAUCAAGAAAUCUUCUGCAGCUUGAAGUUGGAAAUCACGACAUAACUAGGUGCAUAAUGCAUGAUCAAAUCAGAUCUUUUUUGCAGUUUUUUGCUAAAGAUAAAAUUUGCUCUGGUGAGCUGAAGCUUAGCACCAAUGGAACUUCUAACGAAGGACUGAGACAUGUGUGGAUUAGUGGCAACAGUCUAACAGCUAGCCUGGAAGAAAUAGCAACUGUGACCAGCUUGAAGACAGUUAUUCUCUACAACAACCCUUUGGGAAAUCUAGGCUUAGACAAGCUACUUAAGGAACUCAAAUAUUUGCAUGUGCUGGACCUUGGCGGUACUGACAUUAGGUACAUCCCAAGGACACUGGAAUUUCUAAUUCACCUUAGGCUCCUAAAUCUUUCAUUGACCCGAAUUACAGAACUUCCAGAGUCCAUUAAGUAUCUCAGAAAUCUACAAUUCUUGGGUCUCCGGUACUGCAAUUGGCUACGCACCCUUCCAAAGGGAAUUGGUAACCUGCAUAAAUUACAAACUCUUGAUCUUCGAGGAACCAGUUUGCAUCAGGUCCUGCCAAGUUUGGUAAAUCUGAAACAGCUGUCUACACUACAUGGUUUCACAGUAAAUCGAACACCCGUACCUGAGAAUGAUCCUAGUGGGUGGCCUUUUGAACACCUAAAAUAUUUAAAUGCAUUGAGGAGCCUGCAGAUACUGAAGAUGGAAAAGGUAUCAGAUUUUUCAAGGGUGAAAGAAGCCAUGCUAGAGAUGAAAUCUCAACUUAAGGAGCUUGAGAUAUGUUGUAGCAAUGAUGAUAGACUGGCCAAAGUACGAGAGGAUGAUUCUAGGAUGUUGAAACAGAUAUUUGAUUCUCUUUCUCCUCCACAAUGCCUGAAAUCUCUCAAAAUAGUGAGCUAUUACGGAAAGCUCUUACCCAGUUGGCUUCCUCGCCUUAUAUAUCUCCAGCGGCUUGUUCUUAGUGAUUGCAAAUUCUGUGAGCAUAUGCCUGACCUGUGCCAUCUAAAUCAAUUGAAGUUCCUUACCAUAACUGGGUGCUCUAAGUUGCUUACCAUGGAGCAGGAAUGCACAAGUGUUACACAGUCAUUUCUGAGAUUAGAGCAAUUGCACCUCAAAGAUAUGCCAAAGCUAGAAUCAUGGGCAGGGUUUGCAUCUGGUGAUAUGCCUUCCCUUGUCAAAUUUCGUCUUGAAAGUUGUCCCAAGUUGAAGCACCUCCCAGAUGGCCUCAAGUACUCAAGACUCCUAAAAAGCAUGCAAAUACGCCAUGCCGAUAGCCUUGAGGUCAUUCAGGACUUACCUGUGCUCAAAGAAUUGGAUCUCCAAUCCUGCAAUGAACUCAAGAAAAUCUCUAAUCUUCCAUUACUUGAAGUUUUAACAAUCCGUGGAUGCCCCAGAUUGGAGGACGUCACUGGUGUUCAUUAUCUAAGUCAUGUCCGCAUCAUAGAUAAAAAGCUAAGGAAGCUACCAGAUUGGUUGCCAAUACAUGCGUCAAUGCUUCAGACAUUCAAUAUAGUUGGCGUACCAGAGCUACUUGAUAGAUUACUUCCCAAUGGUGAAGACUGGGAAAUCAUUCGUCACAUCGACAAAGUUUAUGCAAACUUACUUGAUGAAUCACCAUUCUUCACUUACACAAAGAGCUCGGCUGAUUUCCAUGUUGAUCAAAGAAUCGGAGAAAUAAACAAACCACCUGCUGUUUUAGCACCUGGAAUUGCACACGAAGGCCCGAGCAUUCCACCUGGUCAAUCUGUUGAGAUGACCUCUCAAAUUGGUGUGCCUAGAGUACCUGUGAGGACAUCCACACUGAGGCGGGUAAUAAGGCACUACCUUGUUCCGUACCUUAUCAUGGUUAUGGUUGUUAUGCAAGUUCUUUCCUACUAUCUACAGAAUAGGUCGACUAGAGAAAUCUGGCUCGUUCAGACCCUUUUCAUCUUCUUUGCAACUGUGUUCUUGCUUCUGCUUGUAUUUCUUGACUGA